GCGUGGCCCAAGACAUUGCAGCCUUUGAGAUGAUUUACGACGAGGUGUCGGAGACGGCCGGCUUGGAGAUCAACCCAGUAGGACCUUCGCACCUGUUGUUUGCGGGCAGCGAGCUGCCUCAACGGAAGAUCGGUGACACCGAGCUGGGAUUAGACGGCGACCUGAACAUAUACGGAGAUAUCAAGGGCCUACUCAGCAGGAUGGCGAAGUCCGACCAGAUCAGCAACCACCAAGACAACAUCGGAGGCUUCUGGCACGGAGACUAUUGGCAUAACGACGACGAUUGGCAUUCCUGGGAACAUAACGGUAACCAGUGGGGCGACACCGACUG